CGCAAUAUCGAUGCAUUGCACUAGAGGAAUUGCAAUAUCGAUACAUUGCAGUAUCGCACAUUGCACUAUACGAAUUGUAAUAUCGACAUUGCACUAUAGGAAUUGUAAUAUUGACAUUGCAUUGUUGAUACUACAUUCCAAAUAGAUACCCCAUACCGACAUUGCAACAUAUGCAUCAUAUAAUUUACAUUGCAAUUUCUCCCCGCGACAUUGAAUUGGAACUUCCCAGAGCCCCAAACCUGUUCUGGGACAAUCACCAUAGACCGAACACUUUAUACAACAAAAAACAAACAGAAAAAAUACCCCCUUCAGAACUACAGGUUAAUGGAGGCAAGCGUUCUAUUUGUCCGGCACCAGAUUCACCGGGCAGUCCAGGUCCAGCCGCCCCUCCACAUUCACCAUAUUCUCACCAGUCUUGGGACCGUCCAAGAUUACGCCAGAUUACUCGACACCAAAAACCGAUAACCGCACAUACUCCGAAGCCCAGAUCACCAGCCCGGACCGAAGAGCCCAAUCAAAAACAGCCAAACAAGAAACAGAAUGAAAACGAAAAAACAAAAUCAAAACAAAAUUAAAACAAAAUAAUAACAGAAUCAAACCAAAAUCAAACCAAAAUCAAAC